CAAACGCGUCCUCGACGAUUGGCUGGAGCCAGACUGGGGCGCGGUCCGCGAUCGGUCACGCAACCGCUAUAUCGCCCCAUUCGAAUAUUAUCGCGACGCUACGUCGUCUCGUAGCAGUACGUCAAAUCGACGACGAGGCUUGGAUUCAUCGAUCUCACGUUUUCGUUUGUAAAUCCUUCUCGAAAGCAAGCCGCGCGCCUGUGAGACUCGGGUCGAAAUCGGUCGAGUAACACCUCGGUGUCUUAAGUAGAGUAACAAAAAAAAAAAAGAGAAAAGAAAACAGUCGAAUUUCGCGCCGCCACCAUGGUAUGUUCUAUCGAUGAUAUUGCUGAUGAGCUGCCGCCAGAACAACUUGCCGUUCUGCGCAAAGCUUUCGAUAGCUUCGACAGUGGAAAGAGCGGCAGCAUCCCUACUGAAAUGGUCGCCGAUAUCCUUCGGCUAAUGGGACAACCGUUCAACAAGAAAAUCUUGGACGAGCUCAUCGACGAGGUCGACGCCGACAAAUCUGGGCGGCUUGAGUUUGAUGAAUUCGUCACGUUGGCAGCGAAGUUUAUUGUUGAGGAGGACGCUGAGGCGCUGGAAAAGGAGCUACGAGAAGCUUUCAGGCUUUACGACAAGGAAGGUAAUGGUUACAUCCCAACGACGUGCCUACGCGAAAUCUUAAGAGAAUUGGAUGAUCAACUGACGAAAGAAGAAUUGGAUAUGAUGAUCGAGGAAAUCGACUCUGAUGGCUCCGGUACAGUAGAUUUUGAUGAGUUUAUGGAGAUGAUGACCGGUGAAUAAUCACUUUGAAUGAAUGGUGAACUGCUUUUGAAUCCAAAGACACUUAUGCAAUCCAUGCAAUCACGUCUUGAAAUUAAUCAUUCGCGUGUUUAUGAGGAAUUAAUGCACAUCGAGUUUGUUCGCACAGAGAUAUUUUCCAUUUCAUGAUUAGUCUCGAAAGCAAAUUCCCACCAUAAACGUCGCAUCGAAUGAAUUGUACUUUCUGCUUUUAUACACAUACGUCAUAUUUAUUAUAAAACAAUAAAUUUUACUUUCAUACACUUA